CAUGACCUACGGGGUCGAGACGUGUCAGAAUUGUCGAGAAUCAUCGGCGGAGAGAGAGCUAGCAUAGAGGAAUAUCCAUUCGCGGUCUCGUUGCAGAACAAUGGCACUUUUUUUGGUCACCAAGUCGAGCAUUUCUGCGGCGGCGGUAUAGUCGGGGAGAAGUGGAUAAUUACGACGGCGCAGUGCGCCCUCAGUGUACAAGUGAAGGCGUUUCACGUGAGGGCCGGCACGUCACGUUAUUACGAGGGUGGUGACGUUUAUGGUGUACAAACCGUCGUGAUACAUCCCGCCUUUAACGCAAUUAAUUACGACUACGACGUUGGUCUCGUCCAGCUCACAGAUAGCAUCCAGUUUGACACGACAAAACAGCCUAUCAAAUUGCCAAAAGUCCAUUCUACGAUUGACGACGGUUCCAAGAUUCGAGUUCUCGGUUGGGGUGCAUACGAGUUCUUAGGCCCCGUUUCGGAUCAAUUAUUAUUCAGCACGAUGUGGAAAAUCGAUAAUGCGAAAUGUCAGCAAGCCAGCGGCGUCUUCUUGACAAACAGAAUGUUCUGCGCUAUGUCGAGCUCUGCUAGGCCGUGCGUCGGGGAUUCGGGCUCGCCUGUUAUUUAUCACGACACAUUAUACGGAGUGGCUUCGUGGAGUCGUUCCUGCGCUUCGCAAUAUCCGACGGCCUUUACGGCUAUAGCGGAAGUGAAAGAUUGGAUCAGCGAAGUGAUUGGAAUGGCUUGAUUCCUUACGUACUUACGAUCGUAGCACGGCUCAGGACACAUCGUUAAACUAUUGUAAUAUUUUAUGCAUUAAAAGCUCGCAACCGUGUCCUUUAAGAUGCCAUUAGUCAAGAUAUUUAGGAGACUGUACAGUCUGCAGCUUUGUUAUAAUAAUUUGUAAGUCAUAACUAAGCAUGUUAUCAAAAUAUUUAAUAU